AUGAUGCUGAAUACCAAUGUUUCCGAGUUCAUUCUAAUUGGAUUGACGCAGGAACCUGUUAGGAAGACCAUAGUGUUUUCCCUUUUCGUACUUUUUUAUAUGGGGACAUUACUGGGCAACUUGCUGAUUAUCACUACCAUCAAGACCAGCCAGGCACUGGAGAGUCCAAUGUACUUCUUCCUGUUUUACUUAUCCUUGUCUGACACCUGCUUCUCUACUUCAAUAGCCCCUAGAACAAUCGUUGAUGCCCUAAGGAAGCAGGCCACUAUCUCUUUCACUGAGUGUGUAAUCCAAAUUGUUUCAUUGCAUUUCUUUGGCUGCCUGGAGAUCCUCAUCCUCAUCCAAAUGGCUGUUGACCGCUAUGUGGCCAUCUGUAAACCCCUGCACUACAUGACCAUCAUGAACCAUCAGGUCUGUGGUGUGCUGGUGGCUUUGGCAUGGGUAGGAUCCUGUGUCCAUUCUUUAGUUCAGAUUUUUCUGGCUUUGAGUUUGCCUUUUUGUGGUCCCAAUGAGAUUGAUCACUACUUCUGUGACCUGCAGCCUUUGUUGAAACUUGCCUGUUCAGACACCUAUGUGACCAACCGCCUCCUUGUGUCUAAUAGUGGAACCAUUUGUUCAGUGGGCUUUAUCCUGCUGAUGGCCUCUUAUAUUGUCAUCCUACAUUCCCUGAGACACCAUAGUGCUGAAGAGAGGAGGAAAGCUCUCUCCACCUGUGUCUCCCACAUCAUUGUGGUCAUAUUAUUUUUUGUGCCUUGCAUAUUUAUAUACACACACCCUGCAACCACCUUCCCCAUUGAUAAGAUGAUAGCUGUGUUUUAUACAAUUGGAACACCUUUCCUUAACACUCUGAUUUAUACACUGAGGAAUGCAGAGGUACAAAUUGCCAUGAGGAAUUUCUGGAGGAAGACAUUUAUCUCAGCGGACAAAAUAUGA